AGCGUUGGGCGUGUCAGUCUCCUGUCACCUGUUGAGUCGUGUCUACCGCAUCUCCUCCUGGUAAAAUGACUGACACGGACACCAAGACCGCUGCCGAGGCUAAGACCGAGGUGGUCGAGGAGGCCCCCAAGGACGUUAAGAGCGAGGAGGCGGAGGCGCCCAAGGAAAUGAGAGCCGUGAUACUGAACGGGUUCGGCGGCCUCAAGUGUGUGAAGAUCGUGCGGCGGCCUCAUCCAGCCCUCGCAGAUGGCGAGGUCCUCGUCAGGGUCCAGCUAUGCGGGGUGAGCUUCCAGGACGUGAUGGUGCGCCAAGGCUUCACGGAAGCCCCGCCCAAGAUCCCCUUCAUCCUGGGCUUCGAGUGUGCUGGCGUGGUAGAGGCUGUCGCCGAUGAUGUCAAUAACUUUAAGGUUGGCGACAGAGUGGUUGCCUUGCCCGACCACCGAGCUUGGGCAGAACUGGUGCCUGUACCUGCCAAAUACGUGUAUGCCGUGCCAGAGGCGAUGCCUCUACAGGAAGCAAUUGCUGUAACAGUGAGCUACACUGUGGCUUAUAUGCUAAUCCACGACUUGGGCAAUAUAUCUUCUGGCCACACGGUUCUCGUUCAUUCAGCUGGUGGUUCUGUGGGGCAAGCUAUAUGUUCUCUACUACGUAACAUGGGUGGCAUCACUAUAAUUGGUGUGGCUUCAAAAACCAAGCAUGAAGAUAUUAAAGAUUCUGUUACCCACCUCAUUGAUCGUGGCAGUGAUACUCCAACUGAAGUACGCAAGGUGUGUCCAGAUGGUGUUGAUAUUGUAUUGGACUGCCAAGGAGGAGAAGAGUGCAACAAGGGUUAUAGUCUUCUGAAACCACUAGGCCGGUACAUUCUUUUUGGGCCUUCCAGUAUCGUCACGGGGGAGACAAAGAGCAUCCUUAGCGUCAUAAAAUCGUGGCGGCAGGUGGACAAGGUGUCGCCAUUAAGGCUGUAUGAAGACAACAGGGCUAUCUUCGGCUUCAAUCUCCGUCGUCUACUCUACCAGCAGGCUGGUGGCCAUGAAAGGGUCAGGUGCGUUGUUGAGGAAGUGUACAAGCUGUGGCAGAGUGGGGUUGCAAAGGCGUGCAUAGAUUCUACCUUUGCGCUUGAAGAUGUGACUGAAGCCAUGAUGAAGAUGCAUGAAAGACGUAAUGUUGGUAAACUUCUGCUGGACUUGUCUAUGGAACCAAAGGCUGUCCCUACCACUCCAGGCAAAGGAAAGAAGGAAGAAAAGAAAGAUGAAGGGAAAAAGGAAGAGAAAAAAGAAGAAACGAAGAAGGAAAAGAAAGAUGAAGGCAAGAAGGAAGACGAUGAAACUAAAGGUGAAAAAGAAACGGACUUGGUAAAAUCAGACGAGGUAAAGGCUGAAGGCAAAUAGUGAAAGAUAAGCAGCAUAAAUAAGGUUUUGGUAAAUGAAAAGGUAUGCCUAUCUAGAAAAGCAGAUUAGUGACAUGAAUUUUAAAAGGUGCAAAAUGGUUUUUGAGCAGUAAACUAGUGUAAUUUAGCAUAAGCAAAUGCAUAAAGUUUAUACUUGAUAAUUAGCCACAAUUUUUAACUAGGGCUUCAUCUAAGCAAUGUAAUUAAAAUUUACAAUGCUUGUCCUGUGUACUCAUUGUAUGAGAAAUAUUGAAACUAAAAGCUUCACUUUAGGCUUAGUACUGCUCAAAACUAAUGAAUUGGAGGUCCAGUAAGUCUUCCAACUUUAUAAAAUGCCCUGUAGACUUUGCAAUUAUUAAAAGAUCAUAAAAUAGUCCAUGUAGGCCAGGAAUAUAUAUAUCUUGUCCAAUAAAGAAUUUGAAGAUUUGCACUAUAGAUUUUAAAAGAACCAAAGUACAGGGGUAAAAUUUGAUAGUUCACCUUGGCUGUGAAUACUAUACAGUGUAUAACUGAAUAAAUUAAAUUCCCAAAGAAUGGGCAGAACUUACCUUUUUAGCAUGGGUAUGGUAAUUUUUUUUUUUUUCAGUGCCAUAAGACCAGUGAAAGUUGAGUGGGCUAAAAAUGCCCAGGUUAAUAUUAUAUCCUAUUAUUGGAGCCACUUGAUAUAACCAUGGUCUUGUAUUAAACUCUCUGAACAGUACUGUUGGCAAAUAUUGACAAAUUUGGUUCCUAUAUUAAAAUAACCUUCAUCUAUUAAAAUGGUAUUACUGUAA